UGUAAUUAUGCCACUAUAAGGUGCGUCUCAAGAUGACAGCCAAGACUUUCUAAACUUGAACCUUAUUUGUUACAGCCUUGUACUGGAAUUCCCACUCGUCUACAGCAACACAUUAAUUCGUCGAAAUGGCGGUCUCUCCCGAAGCCGCAGCGAUUAUCCAGCGCAAGAAGGCGCAAUACUGUCGCUUUGCCGACUCCAAUCAAUGGAACCGCUUCGACAGCAUCAUGCUACCCAACGCUACAUUCCUCUUCCAUAACCCAGAUGGCAGUGUGAUCACAAAGGGAGAUAUCGAGUACUCAUGGUCAUCUACAAAAGAUUGGGUGGCGUUCUUCGAGAAUGAGUUCAAGACGAUGCAGACGAUUCAUAUCGUCGGACCAGCUGAGAUGGAGCAGAUUGCGCCUGAUGAGAUCAAGGCUAUUUGGGCUGUUACGUAUCAUGCUGGGACUAAAGAACAUGAAGGUGGUGUUCAUGGAACGGGCGGUGGGCAUUAUCACGAGACGUGGAAGAAGGUUGGCGAUGACUGGUUCAUGGAGAGUUUGAGGAUGGAAAGGCUUUACUGGAAGCUAUUGAGCGUUUGAUCAGUUCAUUCAAGGCGACUACAUGUAUCUACAUCUAAGAAGAGCUAGUGGCUCCAUUUGCGCCGUUUACUCCGUUUGUGCCAUUUGCCUUUUUGGCUUCAGAAGCAUCCUCAGCAUCAACCCCUCUAUACUCAAAGUACUCGCUCCAUUCACGAUCAUUGAUCAAAUCUUGAGCAAGCCUCUUCUCGUAAAAGAUAGCAAACUCACACCCCUCAUCUGACUCAGGUGACGGAUCACGAGGUGGGUAAACGAUGAUGACACCCUCUGUGAUCCGAUCGAGCAGGUGACGGUAUGUAGCUGGCUUGGCGAAGCCAAAGUCAGCUGAAGUGAUGUUUGCAUCGCGAUGGUCCGUCUGAAGAAUCGACAGAGGAGGCUGAGCAUCGACUCGUGUGUUCAAAGAUGUCUUGUCGCGAAUGGUAGCCACCAUCUCAAGCGUCUUGUCAAGGUUCUCCUGCGUAACGCUGUUGGUCAAGCGGCGGAUAUACGACGCCAACUCUGACAACGACCACUCCGACAUUAUCUGUGCAACAGUAGGCUGUGUAACAGGUGCAGUAGGAGACGUAACAGCGAACAUUACAUUAUGCUGAAUACGCGGCGGCACCUUUGGACUGUGCAUCCGACGUCUCAUAUCGAUAGCUUCACACCAGUAUAAAGUCGAGUUCGGAUCGGGGUUGAAGACGGGCGCUCGGAUACGUGUGAGGUUACGCCAGAUAAAGGCUGAGAAGGCAUCGUAUGUCGAGAUCCAGGUUCCGUCGGUGGGAGUGGCUUUGGCUUUGAGCUCGGCGGCUUUGCUCUUGGGGAGGUGGAAGAGUAGAGACACGCCGACUUGGUGGGCUGGAUGGCGCUCUGGGGGGGCUGGACCAUCGAUCUUUUGAUCUUCUGGGGGCUCUUGCUUGAUGAGGCGCGAGACGUCGAGGUUCAGAGGAUCCCAGGUUGGAUGUUUGGUGCCGUUCACAUCAGCGUAGCAGUUCUCAGCUAGCUGAUGAACGAAGCCUGCCCAGCCCAUUACAUCGUUGGUGUAGUGGUGAUGAUGAAUGUUGAACACCAAUCCACCCCUGAUGAAGUUGGCCUUGAAGGCUGACACGACGGGACUGUUGUCAGGAUGUGCUUCAGGCUUCUCGCCAUAUGUCAUGGGCGGUACACUCCAUUGCUCAAGAUCCCCCAGCGUCACCGCGCUAAAAUUCGUCUUCUCAAGAUCCUCAAAAGAAGGAUACUUGUCCGUAUCCUCAGGUGCAUCAAGCCACUGCACAAAGAACCGCACAGUACUAUCCCUCUUCUUGGUAAAUGAGUGACCACCGCCAGGAUCCUUCUCAAUGGCCCCACAGUAGUGUCUCGCCUGCGCCAGCGUCCUCUCCAGCCCAGCCUUGAGGAUCUCAGCGGCUCUUUCUUUCUCCGAGUCCUCUAGCUUGAAGAACAGAGCGUAGUUGUUGUAGCUGCAGACUGUGAGGUAGUCGAGCGUGGUGACCUUGAAGCGUUCCUCUUCGGGGUCGUUUUCCCAGCCUAGUGGGUGAAGAUGGUAGACCUCUUGCUUGGGCAUGGCGGGCGUGGGGCUUGUGGAUAUGGUGAGAUGUGUGUGUGAAAGUUUGCGUGAUAGGGAGGAGUAUGGGUGUGAGAUUGAGCUGGAUUUAUGAGCCUGGUAGCCGAGAGUGGGUUCUUGGCAGGAUGGUUUGGUAGCCCCUUUGUUCUUCUUAGCUGCUCGUUCUAAGAAGCUACCAGGGUCAACAGUGAGGGGUUGUCAAUACGAAGGAACGGGACCAAGUUGCUGGCUACAGAAUCGACGAAAAAGUUGAAACAAUAGUCUUGGGAACACCCAACGGCUGUACGUAAGAAAGUGGCCUGAUUCUUUUAAUGCAGCCAAGGCAUUAACUGUCCUUGAACCAACGCAGCGUUACGGAUACCAGGGACCUGGUUCUCCGACAAUUAUCCAAGCAUGCGAAGCGCCGAUCAUCUGCAGAUUUCUGAUGAAGAUGUUGCCAACAGUGCCAAGUCGGCCA